AUGGCAGCAUUGUGGUCUACAAUAUCACGCGUGUGUACCGUUACACAGGGUUUGAGGAGGUAUGGUUCCCCAGCCGUGGCCAAAAUGGUAAUGAAAUCUGACCCCUUCGAGCCUGACGGACCCAUUGUCAACACAGAGAUCCCAGGGCCUAUGUCUCGUCAACUAAUUGCGGAGCUAGAUACCAUCCAGAAUACAAAAGCUGUGCACUUCUUUGUGGACUAUGAGCGCAGUCAGGGAAAUUACCUUGCCGACGUGGACGGGAAUGUCUUACUGGAUCUAUACACUCAAAUCGCCUCCGUUCCUAUAGGCUACAACCACCCAAGACUGCUAAAUGCUUUGACGAAGGAAGAAAACAGGGCUACGUUCGUCAACCGCCCUGCUUUAGGAGUGUAUCCACCUCGGGACUUUAACGCUCGACUCAAGAAUGCUCUCCUUUCGGUGGCUCCUCCUGGCCUGAACCAAGUCCAGACAAUGGCGUGCGGGGCAUGUUCUGUAGAACACAGUCAGAAAGCUAUGUUUAUUGCAUACCAGCGUCGUCGGAGAAAUGGACGGCCUAUAUCCAAAGAGGAAAUCCAGACAUGUCUUGAAGGAAAAGAACCUGGAUGUCCCAAUCUAUCGGUUCUAUCGUUCAAGAACGGACUACAUGGCAGAACUAUGGGUGCCUUGGGUGUUACCCAUGCCAAGUGGCCAUUGAAGUUGGAUUUCCCUGUGCCUGACUGGCCCUAUGCCAGUUUCCCUACCCUAAAAUAUCCUCUGGACCAGUUCAUACGGGAGAAUCGUAUCGAAGAGAACCGUUGUUUGGAAGAGGUGCGGGAGCGUAUACAUGCCUGGGAUAAGAGGAGCUGUCCCGUGGUAGGAAUUAUUGUGGAGCCGAUCCAGUCAGAAGGAGGAGACAAUCAUGCGACUUCCUACUUCUUUCAAGGUCUCCAGGAUAUCGCAAAGGAAUACGAAAUACCCUUGAUGAUGGAUGAAGUGCAAACAGGAUGUGGAUCAACUGGAAAGUUCUGGGCACACGAGCACUGGAAUCUAAAGGAUUCUCCUGAUAUUGUGUGCUUCAGUAAGAAAAUGCUUACUGGGGGAUUUUUCUUUAAAGACCACUUACGGCCUGAAGAAGGGCACAGGAUCUUCAAUACAUGGUUGGGCGAUCCAUCUAAGUUGAUAUUCCUGGAGGAGGUAGUGAAUCUGAUAAAGGAGGAGGGACUCUUGGAGCGAGUUGAAGACACCGGAUCUUAUCUUCUCAGUGGCCUAUGCGACAUUCAGGAGAAGUACCCCGGUUUACUAAGUAGGGCAAGAGGUGUGGGAACGUAUUGUUCUGUUGACGUCAAGGACGCUGAAACACGUGAUACAAUUCUCUACCGACUAAGACAUAAAGGUGUUAAUCUUGGUUCUUGCGGAAUCAGCACAAUCCGAUUUCGACCGACUCUCCUCCUGUGUAGAUAUCAUGUUGAUAUUUUCUUGGACGCAUUUGAUUCCGUAAUAGCAGAAUUUGAUCGUUAA